CAAUUAUUCAGGGGGGAUGAAAUCCUGUCGAAAAUACCCUUGACGACAAUCCGCAAAUACAAGCAGGAAGAAAGAGAUUUAGUAUUCUGGAUUGAAACAGGGAGGAGCAGCCCGGUCGGGGAAGGCUUCAUCACGUGUCAGUCGGCCCACGCCUACAACAUCCUCACCCAGCUGGACGAGCAGGCCAGGAGGCUGAACACGACCCUGCCCAGAUCUAGUGGCAGUGAUCCAACUGCGAACUACAACUACUCUCCAGGUGGCAGUGAUCCAACUGCGAACUACAACUACUCUCCAGAGCCAAGUCAACCACCCUCCCAUCCUCGACAUCGGAUUAUGUCCGAACCAUGUGUGCAACCAUAUUUGCCGGACAGAAACAAAUUGACGAGAGGUUACUCCACAAACAGCCACCCCAAUCCUCCUCGCGGAGCAAGUUUUGGCAACUCAAGUGGCUUGGUUCGCAGUGAGAGUCGUCGUCCGUCGGAGCCUGCCCUGACUCAACACAGUAGAAACCCGUAUUUAGACAUGAAUAAUCCAGGACCAAUCAUCUGUUUUCCACUCUGUAUCCUUGGACCAAUCAUCUGUUCUUCACUGUGUAUCCUUGGACCAAUCAUCUGUUCUUCACUGUAUCCUUGGACCAAUCAUCUGUUCUUCACCUUGUAUCCUUGGACCAAUCAUCUGUUCUUCACUGUGUAUCCUUGGACCAAUCAUCCGUUAUCAACAUUGUUUCUUUGGACCAAUCAUCUGUUAUCAACCUUGUUUCCUUGGUCCAAUCAUCCGUUAUCAACCUUGUUUCCUUGGACCAAUCAUAUUUUCUUCAUCUUUUUAUGUGAGGUUAUAUUCAUAUGAAAAUCAUCUGUCAUACAUUUGGGUCUAAGGGCACAAUCACCUUUUGUAUUCUUACGACAUGAUUGUAUACCACAUCAACAUCUCCAUGUCAUUCCAGAACAGAAGUUGACUCAGGAAGUGCUAAUCACAGAACUUAUCCCACACAAUACACAACAUUCUGCAUGACUGAUUUAAAGAUACGCUUAAAUUUUUACAUUGUUUCA